AUGUCGGACACGUGCCUGGUCUGGCUCCUGGGGCUGGCGCUGCGUCUGGCGCUGUCCUCGUGCCAGCCGCCCCGCGCCGCCGACCUGAGCGCCGGCGGCGGCCCGCCAGUAGGGGGCGCCAAGUACCCCACGGUCACCAUCCAGUACGGCAAGCUGCGCGGCAUACGCAAGGAGCUGAACAACGAGAUCCUGGGGCCCGUGGAGCAGUACCUGGGCGUGCCCUACGCCACCGCCCCCGUGGGCGAGCGCCGCUUCCAGCCGCCCGAGGCGCCCGCCUCCUGGCAGGAGGUGCGGAACGCCACGCAGUUCGCGCCCGUGUGCCCGCAGAACAUCCACGGCGUGCUGCCCGAGAUCAUGCUGCCCGUCUGGUUUACCGACAACCUGGACGCCGCCGCCGCCUACGUGCAGAACCAGAGCGAGGACUGCCUGUACCUCAACAUAUACGUACCCACCGAGGACGGUCCUCUCAAAAAAACACACGACGAGUCCACCAUGAACCGGCCGAGGGAUGAAGACAUCCGUGAUCGGAGGAAAAAGCCUGUGAUGCUCUUCAUCCACGGCGGCUCCUAUAUGGAGGGCACGGGCAACAUGUUCGACGCCAGCGUGCUGGCCGCCUACGGAAACGUCAUCGUGGUCACCAUGAACUACAGACUGGGCGUACUGGGUUUCCUGAGCACAGGCGACCAGUCUGCCAAGGGGAACUACGGGCUGCUGGACCAGAUCCAAGCCCUGCGCUGGCUCAACGAGAACAUCGGACACUUUGGAGGCGACUCGGAGCGCAUCACCGUCUUCGGAUCCGGCGCCGGAGCCUCCUGUGUCAACCUUCUCAUCCUCUCGCACCACUCCGAGGGCCUGUUCCACAGGGCCAUCGCCCAGAGCGGCUCCGCCAUCUCCAGCUGGUCUGUCAACUACCGCCCCCUGGACUACACCAAGAUCCUGGCUAAGAAGGUUGGUUGCAGUAACCAGGACACAGCUGACCUGGUGGAGUGCCUGCGGAGGAAGAGCUUCCGGGAGCUAGUGGACCAGGACAUCCAGCCGGCCCGGUACCACAUCGCAUUCGGACCCGUGGUGGACGGAGACGUGGUGCCGGACGACCCAGAGAUACUCAUGCAGCAGGGUGAGUUCCUGAACUACGACAUCCUCCUGGGAGUGAACCAGGGAGAGGGCUUGAAGUUCGUGGACGACAGCGAGGGAGACGAUGGCAUCUCCUCCACCUCAUUCGACUACACCAUCUCCAACUUUGUGGACAACCUCUACGGAUACCCAGAUGGUAAAGGCAUCCUGAGGGAGACCAUCAAGUUCAUGUACACCGACUGGGCUGACCGCGACAACGGCGACAUGCGCCGCAAGACCUUACUCGCGCUCUUCACGGACCACCAGUGGGUGGCGCCGGCGGUGGACACGGCCAAACUGCACGCCGAGUUCCAGUCGCCCGUCUACUUCUACACCUUCCACCACCACUGCCAGAUGGAGACGCGGCCCGAGUGGGCGGACGCCGCGCACGGCGACGAGAUCCCCUACGUCUUCGGCGUGCCCAUGGUGGGCGCCACCGACCUGUUCCCCUGCAACUUCUCCAAGAACGACGUCAUGCUCAGCGCCGUCGUCAUGACGUACUGGACCAACUUCGCCAAGACAGGAGAUCCAAACGUGCCUGUGCCCCAGGACACCAAGUUCAUCCACACCAAGCCCAACCGCUUCGAGGAGGUCAUCUGGACCAAGUUCAGCUCCAAGGACAAGCAGUACCUGCACAUCGGCCUCAAGCCGCGCGUGCGCGACAACUACCGCGCCAACAAGGUGGCCUUCUGGCUGGAGCUGGUGCCCCACCUCCACUCCCUGCAGGAGAUGUACGACACUGACAAGCGUGGCGCUCCCCCAGGAGGCGUAGGAGGUGUAGGAGGAGGUGGCUUCUUCUCUCCCGGUCAGGGCACGUCGCCCCCGCGCUACCCCGCCACCGCCACCUACCCGCCGGACCCCGAGGAGAACUCGGACCGGCCCGUCUUCUCGCCAUUCCCGUCGGACACGCGCGACUACUCCACGGAGCUGAGCGUGACGGUGGCCGUGGGCGCCUCGCUGCUCUUCCUCAACGUGCUGGCCUUCGCCGCGCUCUACUACAAGCGCGACAAGCGCCACGAGCUGCGGCUCACGCGCCGCCACCGACGCCUCUCGCCCCAGCGCGGCGGGAUGAUGGGCGGCGGGGGCUUGGGGCUGGGUGGCCUCCCAUCCCACAACGACCUGGUACUGAGCCAGGAGGAGGAGCUGAUGUCCCUGCAGAUGAAGCAGCAGCAGCAGCAGCAGCAGAGGGAGCGCGAGCGAGCCGAGCUGGAGCACGCGGCCGCCACGGGGGCCGGAACGCCCCUGCCGCCGACCCGCGCCGCCGCCAUCCACGCCGGCGACCUGGAGCCCCUGCGGCCGCCCGUCUGCGGCCCGCCGGACUACACGCUGGCGCUGCGCCGGGCGCCCGAGGACGUGCCGCUCAUGGGCGCCGGACCCCCCGUGCCCGUGCCUCCGCAGUCCAACGCCAACGCCAUUCCCAUGAUGCCGAGCACCAUCUCGGGGGGCAUGGCGACCAUACAGGCCACGUUCAACACCUACCCGCCCCCCGUGCCCACUGCACCGCCCUCCACCACGCACAGCAACAACGCCCUGCCGUCACACCAGCACUCCACCACGCGCGUAUAGUAGAGCGCCGUGCGCGGGCAACAACCCUACGCUACGCUACGCUACGCUACGGUAGCGCCCGCCAAAGAGAGUAGAUUAGAGUAAAGAUACUUCAGGCUCAAACUUUUUUUUCCGGGAUCCAUGUGAUGUCAGGUCAGGAUUAAGGAACGCCCCUUUAGGAAGACCUUCAGUUUAGAAGAGCGUUGGAGUCUUGCGGUUGAGAA